ACAAGUAGUCUCAGCACCGCAGACACUCAACAACCAAACGCUCUAUACUACGCUCAACAUACUGUCCUCGUAAUGGCGUCCUACUUCUAUGAGCCCUUCUACACACUCUCCCAGUUCGACCGCCUCUUCGACGAGGCCUUCAACAAUCGCAUCGGCGGUCAGGGCCAGGGAAACAACCAGGUCCAGCGCCGCGAUGGUACUGACAAUGGCUCGCGCGUCCUAAGGCCAAGGAUGGACGUGCACGAAGACACCCAGAACAAUCUCGUUACCGCGACCUUCGAGCUGCCUGGCCUCGUGAAGGAGAAUGUCAACAUCGACGUGCGCCAGAACACGCUCACCGUCUCGGGCGAAUCAAAGUUCGAGCAGGAGAAGGACGAGAACGGGUGGGCCGUGCGCGAGCGCCGUUUCGGCAGGUUCUCGCGUUCGAUCCCGCUCCCUCAGGGAGCCAAGCCCGACGAGAUCAAGGCGUCGAUGGAGAACGGCGUGCUCACUGUGACCUUCCCGAAAACCACGCCCGAGCAGACACCGCAGAAGAUCACCAUCUCGUGAACAAGUCCUCGCUGAUAGUUCAUUGAUAGCAUAACCAUUUCCGUAGCGUACCGAGAAAUAAAGCUAGAUAUCUCCAAAGAGAGCGAGAGAGAGAUGUCUAGUUUAAGCCAAGUCGAAAGCGAUUAAAGGAGAGGUUACCAAGACAACAGAAUCUCAAUGAGACAGUGUCGAGUCAAAAGCGUCUCAUGUACAUCUAUAAAAUAGGUGGUUCCGCUGCUUGCUCAGAGAAUGCGCUUGUGCUGGCGGGAUGCGACGGCGUUUUGCCUUCUGGAGUAUCCUUCACAGUCCAAGUCGCCUUUGUAAUCUCUUCGAAGGUCUGCCACAUGUGCUUCUGCGCCUCUUGAGCUUUCUGCGCAGGGUCUGGGGGAGCACUAGAUGCGUCGGUCUGUUCUGCGUCCUCACCCCCAGUUGCCUUCACCGGCCUCCGUCGCGCGAGCCGUGCUUUCUGCAAGUUAGCAAUGCCAACCCGCGCUCUCUUGCUUCGAACACCCAUCCUGGUACCACAGGUAGGCGGCAAGCAGGAAGCCCUGC